UCUUAUCUGUACAGUUUGAGUUUUACAGCGCAGAGGACAAACAGGGUCUCAGCCAGAGGAGAGCCUCCAGAAGAGGAGAGUUCAGAUACAGUGAUGCCACCACUCUAUGCUGUUCUUGUGCUUUUCAGCAAAGUCUAUGGUCUGCUUGCGAAUAUAUUUCAGCCUGACGCGCUGGUGAAAGCUCAGCUUGGAGACACUGUGACUCUCCCAUGUUUCUAUACUGCACAGGAACGGCUUGAUAUCAGCUGGUUUAAGCAGCCUCUUGGACUGAAGCCUCAGCUCAUUGUAGUACACAUUUACUAUCAAUCAGAUCCUACAUUUUUUAAUGAGUUUAAAAACAGUAAACGCCUCAGUGCUAAAGCAGCAAUGGGGAGCUUUAACCUGACUGUGUCACAAAUGGAGCCAUCGGAUUCAGCAACAUACUACUGCACUGUUAGACUUUACAGUGAAAUCAGCUUUGGAAAUGGAACCACUUUAAUGGUGAUGGUGAAAGGUUCAGAGUCACACAGCAGGGCAAUAGUACUGCAGCCCAAGUCUCAGUCAGUGCAGCCAGGAGACUCUGUGACUCUGCAGUGUACAGUACGCACUGAGACCUGUGCAGGAGAACACAGUGUGUACUGGUUCAGACAGGGCUCAGGAGAGUCCCCUCCAGGAAUCAUUUACACCCAUGGAAACAGGAGUGAUGAGUGCCAGAGGAGCUCUGGGGCUGUGUCUCCCUCACAAAACUGUACCUACAACUUCCCCAAGAGGAACCUCAGCCCCUCUGAUGCUGGGACUUACUACUGUGCUGUGGCCACCUGUGGGGAGAUCCUGUUUGGGAACGGAACCAAGCUGAAUGUUGAGGGGAAUGAACGUCUUCUUCUUUAUUGCUUGGCGGGAGCUUUGACGUUGAGCGUGAUCUUAAAUAUUGUCCUCACUCUGAAGAGGAGAAAAAGCUGUGAAAAUUGCAAAGGAGCUGCAUCAAACAACCAAGUGAGCGGAGAAAACUUGAUGAGCAAACAGAGUCAAGAGGAAUCAAUGAAUUACGCUGCUUUGACUUUCACCACCAAGAAACCCAAAGUGAGGCGGAACAAGAGGGAAGUGGAGAAAGAAACGGUUUACUCAGAUAUGAGAUUUAGAGACCGCGAGUGAAGCUUUCCAUAAAAGCCAUCUUCGUCACAAGAAUAAUCAAAAUAUUCCCUCGCUAGUAUUGUUGAACAUCAUACUAUGUGGCUGUAAAUUUUAUAACACGUACAGGAUUUGCCUACAGCUGUGCUUGUUUUUGGAUUCCUCUGUUUUUCAAAUACACAAAGUAAAAAUUG